UAAGAGAGUGAAAUGCACCUGAAUAUGGAGGUAAGAAUCAAAUUAAUUCAAAAAGUUAAAAUUUGGUAAGUAUUAAUUCAUUUUUUUACUCUUUUCUAAUUAUGAGACUAUUCUCACCUGCGUAUGAAUUCCCAAUACCUAUUACGUCAAGAGUUGGGUGGAACUCACGAGAGAGAAGUGCCUUUUAUUAUAUAUAUAUGUGUACAAAAGCGUGUGUAGGAGACUAACAUUAUUCAACCCUCACAUAAUACUAACUACUCCAACAACAACGGAAGCUAACAACGAGAAAAUUACCCAAACUUCAUAUGAAGUGAAGAAAAAAGUUCAGCCAUGGGAGGAGAAGAAGCCAUUCCUUUUCUUGGAGAUCACCGCAAAGAUUCAGAUGAGCAGCACACCGAGAGAACUGGAACAAUUUGGACUGCAAUUGCCCACAUAAUAACAGCAGUGAUAGGAUCGGGUGUUUUGUCUCUAGCGUGGAGCGUGGCUCAGCUCGGUUGGAUUGCUGGUCCCAUAGCUCUGCUCUCAUUUGCAGCAAUUACGGUCGUACAAGCUACUCUGCUUGCUGAUUGUUACAGGUCUCCUGAUCCUGAGCUUGGCCACAUCAGAAAUCUAUCCUACAUUGAUGCUGUGAAACAAAACUUAAGUGAAAAAAGCCUGUGGUUCUGUGGGUUUUUCCAGCAAACCAACUUGAUUGGAUUUGGCAUAGCAUAUACUAUCACGUCUGCCACUAGCAUAAGGGCGAUUCUUCAAUCGAAUUGCUAUCACAGAGAAGGGCACGAUGCCCCGUGUUCGUAUGAAAUUACUUCCUCUAUGUUGCUGUUUGGUGCUGCUCAGAUAAUUUUGUCUCAGAUUCCAGAUUUUCAUAACAUGGCUUGGCUAUCUGUUUUGGCUGCAGUCAUGUCCUUCUGUUACUCAUUCAUUGGAUUUGGCCUUGGCAUUGCCAAAGUAGUAGGAAAUGGGAUGAUAAAAGGCAGUAUUGGAGGGGUCCCAAUGCUAUCUACAACUCAGAAAGUAUGGCGCAUCUCUCAGGGACUUGGUGACAUAGCAUUUGCCUAUCCAUUCUCAAUAAUUUUACUAGAAAUUCAGGACACUCUGAAAUCGCCACCAGCAGAAAAUAGGACCAUGAAGAAAGCAUCAACAGUAUCCAUAUCCAUUACCACAUUCUUCUACCUAUGUUGUGCAUGUUUCGGUUAUGCUGCCUUUGGCGAUGAAACACCAGGGAACCUUCUUACGGGAUUUGGUUUCUAUGAGCCCUACUGGCUUAUUGAUUUUGCUAACGCUUGCAUUAUUCUUCACCUAUUGGGAGGAUAUCAGAUGUUCAGCCAGCCAGUUUUUGCUAUAGUGGACAGAUGGUCAGCAGAGAGAUUCCCUGACAAUGGAUUUAUGAAUGAUUCCUACGAUAUCCAACUCCCAUUCUUACCAACCUUCAGACUGAAUAUACUAAGAUUAUGCUUCAGAACUCUUUAUGUGGUCUUCACAACGGCGGUUGCUAUGUUGUUCCCUUACUUCAAUGAAGUAUUGGGAGUGCUCGGCGCCUUCAACUUUUGGCCUAUAGCUAUCUAUUUCCCAGUGCAAAUGUACUCUGCACAAAGGAAUAUAGUAGCUUGGACAAGGAAAUGGGUAUUGCUUCAGAUUUUCUGCUAUGGAAUCCUGCUUGUUACUGUAUUUGCUUUUGUUGGAUCAGUUGAAGGGCUUCUUAGUGAGAAGCUAAGUUGAGGUUUACGUGAAAGAAAUUGCUCGAUUUAAGAGAGCAAGAAGUGCAUGUUGUUGUGUUAUUGGUUUUGGUUGUAAAGUAAACGAAUGUGUUUUUUCGGACAUUUAUUCAUAGCGAAUAAUUAGAGAACUAUACAGGCAUUUCUGAAUUUGAUGAAUUUGAAAUAGACGACGCACCAUCAAAUUUUUAUGAUGUAUAAUGGUCAAGAUGAAAUGUGUUUC